ACUCCCAAGCGAUCACAUCCUGUAUUGUUAACCCCAGAAGGUCCAUCUUUUGGGGAAAAUGGCAUUAUAUCCAUCAACUUGGCACAGAAGAAGUACAUAUGGGAUCUAUUUUGUUGCUUUACUUUUUGCCUGCUCUUCCUCUUCGCUGCACGCUGCUCCAUUGGUGGUGAAAGUGCCAGCAGGAGGGUCAACUUAUGAAUUGCAAGUGCCUGAUGCUGCAACGGCUGAAGAAUUAAAAGUAAAGUCAACAGAUUUUCCAAGCGAUUUUGUCUUUGGUGUUGCUACUUCUGCAGCCCAGGUCGAGGGCUCGCCAAAUGUAGAAGGCAAGGGACAAAGCGUUUGGGAAUACUUUGCUGAAAAAUUCCCAGGUACUGUGAUGAAUAAUACCUUAUUCCCUAAAGGAGUCGAUUCUUAUAGGCGAUACAAGGAUGAUUUGAAGCUUGUGAAGGACCUUGGUGUAGACUCUUACAGAUUCUCCAUUCCAUGGACUAGGAUUUUGCCCAAGGGAUCGUUAAGUGGUGGGGUAAACCAGCAGGGUGUUGAUCAUUACAAUAGCUUAAUCGAUGAACUGAUAAAAAAUGGCAUCAAACCCUCUGUCACGAUUUUGCAUUUUGACUUGCCACAAGUUCUACAGGACAAAUAUGGAGGAUAUUUGAACCGUUCAUUUAUAGAUGAUUUCAAGGAUUACAGUGACUUCUGUUUCAAGACUUUUGGAGAUAGGGUAAAAAAUUGGGUUACCAUAAAUGAGCCAAAAGUUCUUGCCCAGUAUGGGUAUGAAAAUGGUUGGGCACCACCAGGCAGGUGUUCAAUUUCAAUCCCAGGAAGUUUUUGCACCGUUGGUGGUAAUUCUUCCACAGAACCUUACAUGGUAGGCCAUAACCUUAUCCUUGCUCAUGCUACUGUAUAUAACUUGUACAAAGAGAAAUACCAGGCAACACAAGGGGGACAAAUUGGUAUUGCUCUUAAUACUAAGUUCUACGAGCCUUAUUCCAAUUCAGCUGAGGAUAAAGCGGCAGUAAAUAGAAUGCUAGACUUCGAGUUGGGAUGGUUUGUAGAACCCUUGGUGUUUGGAGAUUAUCCAAAGAGCAUGACAGAGCUGGUGAAGGAUAGGCUACCCAAAUUUACAGAGGAAGAGAAAAGUAUGCUCAAGGGUAGUUACGACUUCUUGGGAAUCAACUACUAUGUUUCAGCAUAUGCUAGAGAUGUGCCUAUUCCUUUACCUAAAGCAAUGUUGCCUCAUGCUAUUGAUGCAAAGGCAGCCGACCAACAAUUGGGAAAGGAUGGACUUCCUCUCGGUUUUCCAACAAAUGGAAGUUAUCCACUUGGAUUACAGAGACUGUUGGAGUUCAUGAAACAAAAAUAUCAAAACCCCGCCAUCUACAUUACAGAAAAUGGGCUUGGUCAGAUGAGGUUCCCAAACAUCCCAGUUGAGGUGGUAUUGAAAGAUACAUCCAGAAUUACCUAUAAUCUUCGACAUUUGAAUGCGAUUAACAAAGCCAUAAAGAACGGUGUGAAUGUCAAAGGCUACUACUCUUGGAGUUUACUUGACGAUUUUGAAUGGGGAACGGGCUUGCUGUUCCAAUAUGGAUAUUACUACAUUGAUUUCAGCAAUGACUACAAACGUGUUCCUAGAUUGUCUGCUAAGUGGUACCCAGGUUUCCUUCAAGAUAAACAUUAGAACUCAAAACCCUCUUACAAUUUCAUAUCCUAUGCAUAAGCUCUUUUAUAAGAGCUCACUCAUGUAAAUGAUAAAGGAAAUGAAAAUGGUGGGGAGCGUUGGAGCUUCAAUUUCUUCAAUAAAUUAUUUAUUUAUUUAUUAUAAAAAUAAUAAUAAUCUGUAAAUCAUUUAUUUGAUUCGAUUAUUUUUAUUAUUAUGAGCCAUUACUUUA